AGUGGGUGGAGGGGAUGUUAAAGUUACAUUACUGAGGGAGCCGGAGACAGACUACUGGCUUUCCACUUCACACGCCCCGUGUCGCAAGCUAAUCCCCAGCCGAGCGGUUCAAGAGCCGGCUGGCGCGUAACUACACGCGCCCGCACGACCGCAGGAACCCGUGUCGCAAGCACCUCCUCGGGCAAGUGGAGGGGCUUCUUCUCCUCCUCCCCCCCCACUACCUCACGCGCGCAAGAGCGAAGGGGAGAGAGAAAGCGCGCGCGCGCGUCUUGGCGUGUGCGCGCGCACCCGGGUGGCUUGUUUUGCCGCGCUAAUUGGACCACGGAGCGGAGCUGCUGCACCUGGACCAAGAAGUCGUCAAAUGAGAGAAAGAAGAGCGGCGAGCAGCGGGGUUUGUCCUUUACUCCCAGGAGGCAGUAACCGACCCGCGUACUCGUACUGAGAGUCGGUGACCCUGGAGGAGCUUUUGGUGCUUCCUAUUCAUGAGGAAAAGCUAACUUUUUUAUUUAAAGAAACCAAAUUAAGGAGAUUCACUCUCUCUUCUCCCUCCCACCUUUUCCUGUCACGCAAGAACUUUUUCUUCGUCCCUUGGGGGAUCUUCUGCACCAUCCCCGCAUCGUGUGAACCCCACCCUCCUGCUUCUCCUCCACAGAGCUGAGGACAGCGAAAGGAAGUUGAGCAGCAAAGGAAGAAAGAAAAGGAAGAGAAAGAAAAUCUCCGCUGGUCAAAGGGACAAAGGCAGAGCCCUGACUCGAAACAGCAGCCACUAUGCCUCAGCUCUCAGGAGCCGGAGGAGGCGGAGGCGGCGGCGAUCCGGAGCUUUGUGCUACCGACGAGAUGAUCCCUUUCAAGGACGAAGGAGACCCCCAGAAGGAGAAGAUCUUCGCCGAGAUCAGCCACCCGGAGGAAGAGGGAGACUUGGCCGACAUCAAGUCUUCGCUGGUGAAUGAGUCGGAAACAAUCCCCAACAGCAACGGGCACGAGGUGUCCAGGCAAGGUCAGUCUCAGGAAUCUUACCAUGAGAAAGGCAGAGAACAUCCUGAAGAAGGAAAACACACAGAUGGUGGCUUAUAUAGUAAAGGACCUUCUUACUCUGGUUAUUCUGGGUAUAUCAUGAUGCCAAAUAUGACUAAUGAUCCAUAUAUGUCUAAUGGAUCUCUUUCUCCACCGAUUCCUAGAACAUCAAACAAAGUACCUGUGGUGCAGCCUUCCCAUGCGGUUCACCCUCUCACCCCACUUAUCACCUACAGUGAUGAGCACUUUUCUCCAGGGACGCAUCCUUCACACCUCCCCUCAGACGUCAACACAAAACAAGGCAUGUCCAGACAUCCUCCAGGUCCUGAUAUCCCCACUUUCUAUCCCUUGUCUCCUGGUGGUGUUGGGCAAAUAACCCCACCUCUUGGCUGGCAAGGUCAGCCUGUAUAUCCCAUCUCAAGUGGAUUCAGGCAGCCCUACCCAUCCUCACUUUCAGUCGACACUUCCAUGUCAAGGUUUUCACACCAUAUGAUCCCUGGUCCUCCAGGACCCCACACAACUGGAAUUCCUCACCCAGCUAUUGUAACACCUCAAGUCAAACAAGAACUUCCACACACAGACAGCGACUUAAUGCAUGUGAAACCUCAGCAUGAACAGCGGAAAGAACUAGAGCCCAAAAGACCUCACAUUAAGAAACCUCUGAAUGCUUUCAUGUUGUACAUGAAAGAGAUGAGAGCAAAUGUUGUAGCAGAGUGUACUCUGAAAGAAAGUGCAGCUAUCAACCAGAUCCUUGGUAGAAGGUGGCAUGCAUUGUCCCGCGAAGAACAAGCUAAAUAUUAUGAACUAGCUCGGAAAGAAAGGCAGCUACACAUGCAGCUUUAUCCAGGCUGGUCUGCAAGGGACAACUAUGGAAAGAAAAAGAAGAGGAAGAGAGAGAAGCUACAAGAGUCAACUGCAGGUGCAGCCCCACGAAUGACAGCUGCCUACAUCUGAAGCAUGGUGGAAAGAGAAAUGCUUUCUCAACGUGCAAAUCAAAGGCAGCGGCAUCAGGGCCACUUCUUGAAAUGGAAGCUUGUUAAAAUCUCCAGGCAUGUCCUUCAUCUGCACAGACAACAACCAGCAAGGAGUAUGUCUAGGAUGUCAACAAUUGCCCUGAUGUCACUGCUAAAGACACUGAACCAUAAAGACAAUCACUGGCAGGCCCCUUUGCUAUCAUGGAGUCCCAAAUCUGACACAGUAAAAGAGCGCAAGAAGAGCAGUUCAGAACUUCCCCAGUCAGCAGAGCUUUUUAUUUUGUUUGUCUUUGCUCCGCCUAACACUCCUACAUUUGUAUCUCAUAUGUUGUCAGUACUGAGUCAGCAACAAAAUAGUUCGGCUGUGUUUGUUUUGCUUCAGACAGCAAAUGAUGUAAAGCCAGCAGCAGCUCCCCUCCUGGCCCUUCACACCAAAGGAACAAAUUUUAAUUUGUCAAGGAAGGCACAAUCCAGUUUAUUUAAUGCUGCAAAAGGAUCAGUCUUGGAUUUUUAGCUUUUUAAAAAGAAAACUUGAAUGCUUUUAUAUUUUAGUUAUUUCCUUGGUGUACAUUUUAUUUGUCUUUGAGUUUUUAAAGAAGUAUCCAAACUCCCACCCCAUUUCCUUUUUUUAAAGAAAAGGAUUCUUUUUCCUUGCAGGAGGUAACCAAACUAUUUGGAGGACUGUGGAUUUUGUUUUGUUUUGUUAACAAUUUGUAACAUCCCUCAUUGUAUAUGUGUGCUAUGGAGUUCUAAAAUGCUAAACAUAACUAUCAGCUGGCCACUGGCCACGUUGAUCCAUUUCAUUUGCUCUAUGUGUAAAGGCAAGAAAUUUCAUCAGAUCUGAAUACAGUGAGCUCUCCUCCUUACCUAUCCUGAAUUUCCUUGUAAAAAAAAAGCCCAGCACUUGAAUUAUUAUUACUUCACUUGUUCUGUAUUUGUAUCUGUUUUUGUUAGCCUGUUUAGUGGGAUUUUAUGCCAGUUGUUGAAAUGAGCAUUGAUGUACCCAUUUUUAAAAAAUAGUUAAGGCACAGCCUUUGCCAAAAAUGCCCAUCAACUGAUACAUAUUUUGUCAUUCCAAUUUGAUUUAAUAAUGUGCUGAGCAUUUUUUGUUUUUGUUUUUUAAAUAAAAGC